UCGCAGGGCCGCUCUUCCUCCCGGCUUGGUUUGAAAUCCCGUGGCCGCCUAACGGCUCACGCGGCGGCAAUCCCGGGCGAGCUGUCCGGUGCUGGCUGUCGGUUGCUGCGCUCGGUCCCGUGUGACGUAGGUCCUGGACUUCGACGUCGGGUCCCUGGGAGCGUUUGCCAUGAGGAGAAGUGAGGUACUCGCGGAGGAGUCCAUUCUGUGUCUGCAGAAAGCCCUGAUGAACCUUCGGGAGAUAUGGGAAGUCAUUGGGAUUCCCGAGGACCAGCGGCUACAGAGAACCGAGGUUGUGAAGAAGCACAUCAAGGACCUCCUGGAUAUGAUGAUCGCUGAAGAGGAGAGUCUGAAGGAAAGGCUCAUCAAAAGUAUAGCUAACUGUCAGAAGGAGCUGGCCACCCUGUGCAGGGAGCUAUGUGUCGAGCCAUUUCAGGAGGAAGGAGAGCCGACCAUCUUGCAGCUGGAAAAGGACUUGCGGACUCAGGUGGAACUCAUGCGGAAACAGAAAAAGGAGAGAAAACGUGAACUGAAGCUGCUUCAAGAACAAGAUCAAGAACUGUGUGAAGUCCUCUGCAUGCCGCACUAUGACAUCGACGGUGACUCGGUUCCCAGCAUGGAGGAGCUGAGCCAGUUCAGGCAGCAUGUGGCCGCUCUGAGGGAGACGAAGGCAUCUCGGCAUGAGGAGUUUGUCAACCUGAAGAGACAGAUUAUACUGUGUAUGGAAGAAUUGGACCACACCCCAGACACAAGCUUCGAAAGAGAUGUGGUGUGUGAAGAUGAAGAUGCCUUUUGUUUAUCUUUGGAGAAUAUCACAACACUAAAGAAGUUGCUACAGCAGCUGGAAAUGCAAAAGUCACAGAAUGAAGCAGUGUGUGAGGGGCUGCGUGCUCAGAUCCAGGAGCUCUGGGACAGGUUGCAGAUACCAGCAGAGGAGAGAGAGCCUCUGGCCAUGGUUAUGUCUGGGUCGAAGGCCAAGGUUAAGAAAGCGCUGCAGUCAGAAGUGGAUCGUUUGGAAGAACUGAAAAAGCAAAACAUGAAGACAGUGAUUGAGGCGAUACGAGUGGAGCUGGCGAAGUACUGGGACCAGUGCUUCUACAGCCAGGAGCAGAGACAAGCUUUUGCUGUUUACUGUGAUGACAACUACACGGAGACUCUGCUGCAGCUGCACGACGCCGAGGUCGUGAGGCUGAAAAGCUACUACGAGCUGCACAAGGAGCUGUUCGAGGGGGUGCGGAAGUGGGAGGAGAGCUGGAGGCUCUUCUUAGACUUUGAGAGAAAAGCGUCAGAUCCGAGUCGGUUCACAAACCGGGGAGGAAAUCUUCUAAAAGAGGAAAAGCAACGAGCCAGGCUCCAAAAAGCGCUCCCUAAGCUGGAAGAGGAACUGAAGGCCCAGAUUGAAAUGUGGGAACAGGAGCAUUCAAAGGCGUUUGUGGUAAAUGGACAGAAAUUCAUGGAGUACGUGGCCGAACAGUGGGAGAUGUACCGCUUAGAGAAAGAGCGCGCCAAGCAGGAAAGGCAACUGAAGAACAAGAAGCAGACAGAGGCGGAGAUGCUGUACGGCAGCACCCCCCGAACACCCAGCAAGCGGCGAGGGCUGCUGCCCUCCACCCCGGGGAAGGUGCGCAAGCUGAACACCACCGUCAUGUCCAAUGCCACGGCCAACAGCAGCAUCCGGCCUGCCUUUGGGGGCACAGUCUACCACUCUCCGGUGUCUCGACUUCCACCUUCUGGCAGCAAGCCCGUCCUCACUUCCACCUAUUCAGGGAAAAAAAAACCCCGUGCCGCCCUCCAUGGAGCCGACAAGGAGAACGUGGAGCUCAACGGCAGCUUGCUGAGCGGUGGGUACCCCAGCUCAGCCCCCCUCCAGCGCAACUUCAGCAUUAACUCUGUUGCCAGCACCUAUUCUGAGUUUGCGAAGGAUCCGUCCCCCUCUGACAGUUCCACUGCUGGGCUUCAGCGAGAACUUUCAAAGGCCUCCAGAUCUGACACUACUUCUCGAAUCCUCAAUUCAACCAACCUGCAGUCCUAAGAAGCCCCAAUCAGUCCACUAGCUGUGGCCUUUGUGCCCAGACUGGACCUAACUCUGCAGGGGUGACUUUCAUUUUCUCCACUUCAGGUGUGCUUGGGACCCUGGGUAGGUGCCAUUGCUCCGGGCCCGCCUUUCCUACAGGCACAAGUGCAUCCUAGGCUUAGCGGGCCUUAGACACUAUGUUUUGGCUCAAGACACAAGUUAGAAGUAAGCUCACAGCAGUAAGUACAGAUUCAGCUCAUGGACCUAAUAGUCCCAUCCCCCCGUCACUGCUCUGGCUAAAGCACAAUUGACAGCACACAUCGCGUGAUCACCAUCAAGUGGGAAGACGAUGGCCUCCACUCGCCCCGUGGGGCUCAGGUGGGACACAUGGUGCUUUCGGCACGUGCAGCAGACACCUGUUUGGUUUAGGGACUCAGCGGUGCCACAGCGAGGACGGCUCUGCCCUCACCUAGUGAGUGGCCUGUCCGCAGCACACAGGGCAGCCUUCCUCCUGGUGACAGUGUCCGUGUGUCAGGAGUUGUGAUGGCCUGAUCUGCUGCCAGAGGGUGACGGGGAGGUUGGUGGCUCUUUUGUGAACUGUGUACAGUCACUUUACACUGUGUGAAUGCACGUCCUUGUCUGAACUCGAGUUCUUCAGUUUUCUGCGUCCAGCACCCCACCCUGCCCACCAUUCCCCGGGCCCACUGUGCCUGUGUGUGGCCACGCCCUGCAGCUGGCAGCCAGGCUUGGAAGCUGUUGGGGAGUCCUGGGACUCUGCACAUGUCUGGGGGGGCGGUGUUCCCGCUGUAGCUGCCCUGCGGUCACCACGAUCCUCCCGGAAGCGCUACCCUUCACUCAGCCGCGCCUGCGCUGCUGCCAGCACUACACGUUCCCGGCCAGCCGCCGGGGCGGCUCGUCUGCACGUGCGAGCCCUGCUGUUCAGCCCUGUGUACAUGUCCUUUUAAAUAUAAAUAUAUUGUUAAGAAUAAAUUAAAAUGUACUUACAUGAAAAAAUUAAAGUGUGUUGUCUUCAGA